GUUACGUUGUCGUGCGUUGUCGUCGUUAGUUGCCCUUGCGAGAACGGUUGUGUUACAUGGCCGACGUGCUCCGCAAGCUGCCGCUGGUCCUCCUCGUCAUGAUUCUGCUUGUAGUUGUCGUCUUUGUUCAGGUGUGCAUAUUGGGGAGGUUGCCUUCACGUACUCGCAGGAAACAAGGGGUGAGGAAGAGCGUGGCCAUGGACGGGCGGCGGCCGAAUCUUGCCACGUUGUCGGACACUUAUCCCAGCCACCGGCCUGCGAUCUGCACCGGUGUAGAUAGAAGGGCGGCAGGUCCGUCGACGUACGAAGGACUCCCGCCUCACAUGCAGCCUCUGCCCGAUUCGGACGAGGGGGAGGCGGACGUGGACGUGUCCAACACAAUUCCGCUGGGUAGCGGGUCGACCCAGGAAUGGACGGGUAGCCAGUUGUUUGAUGGGCGCGGAGCGAACCCAUCUUCUGCCACGCGCACUGUGCUCGUGAACCCUCAUCCCGACGACGACGUGGGGCAGGUGACAUUGGCCGGCAGGGGCACGAGGGGUGGUUCUGCGCGUCAGGAGACUUCCGAGAAGACGAGGGAGCGGCCUCGAGUGCAGGCGACUUCUGGCCCGUCAAUUCCACGCACCACCCCUGGUCGCCCUGAGUGGAUGAACCCCCCUCCUGCGUUCUCCAGGGGCCACGACAACGUUCCUCGUCUAGUUGAACGGGGUGUGAGUGCCGAAGACUUCCCUUUCGAGGGCGCGCGUGGAGAUGGCAGGCGGGUAUGGAAGGAGUCGAGGCAGGAGUUGCGGCGGCAGCAAGAAGAGUCCAUAACGCAAGGUGUGCAGCGAUUACACGUGGGCGAGCGGGCCGGGCAAGCAGACGUGGUUGGCGGGGGGGGCGACGUCUGGACAGGCGGUGACGAAGUUGAGUGCGACGCUGAGGAGGACGACAACGGCGACGUGUUCCCGUUGCGUGCGCCGAACAUGGGUGGCAGAGGCAGGGCUUCGACGAAUGCAGGGCAGAGGCGGAAGAGGCCGUUGGCGGCCUAUGAUGAUGCGGAAGGUGAGGGGGAUGGGGAGGGUGGCCGAAAUUUCUGGUAUGUGGAUCACAUGGUGGCCCUCAUAAGGGCGAAGCGAGAUCAGGACGCCCAGCUGCAAGCGGCGGGGCACGCAUCUGCUCGGAUGCGGUCGAGGGAGUGGAAAUGGUUGGACGUCUGGGAGAGGUUGCUGAAGGUCGAUAAAGGAUUCAGCUUCAACAUGGAUCGGGCCGCCUACGAGGAGAUCAAAGGGGCGAAGGAGAGGAGCCACACUAUCAGCCCGAGCAAUGUUGCAGACACCGAUGGCGCAGGAGAUGUGCAACUCCCAUCUGCUCAGUCGGCGACUCCGGAGUCUAUGGAUGAUGGGGAUGCCGCUGGAGAUGGCAACGACGAAGACGACAGCUCAGCGCGUGGGGCCUCACAGAGGACGAGAAGUCCGGCCGGUUUCGGGAAGAGGAAAAACGUGCGGCAGCAGACAUUCAAGGCCUUAAGCGAGUGCAUGGAGAAGCAUGGGGCGUUGAUGGCGUCGACGAUGGAGAGCGCGAGCAUGAGGCAAUGUGAGGCGAUGGAGAGCGCGAGCAAGAGGCAAUGCUCCAUUCAAAUUCGGCAGUAUGAGGCUAUCGAAGCGGAGGUGGAGGUCCAGAAGCAACACUGCACUGCGUCAAAUGAAGUUAGCAAGCUUAUGUGUCAGGCGCUGAUGGAAAUAGCGAAAGCUAUACGAGAGCGACGUCAUCUUCACGUUGGGGCUCCUGUUCGCGCACUGUUCGUCUCGCCGCCAUCUAUCUCGCCAGACGUCAUCUUCACGUUGGGGCUCCUGUUCGCGCACUGUUCGUCUCGCCGCCAUCUAUCUCGCCAGACGUCAUAUCCACGUUGGGACUCUUGUUCGCGCACUGUGUGUGUCGCCGCCAUCUAUCUCGCCAGACGUCAUCUCCACGUUGGGACUUCUGUUCGCGCAGUGUGUGUCUCGCCGCCAUCUCUCUCGCCAGACGCCGUUUUCGCCAGACGUCGUAAACUGUCUUCGACUUCACCUGCGCAGGCUUUCCCUCGCCGCCAUCGUUCUCGCCCUUCCUUCUUCUCGUCAUCGCAGUCUGUCUUCUCCACGAUGACGAAUACUCGCAACUCUGGCAAGGGGAAAAGGGAGAGGGACUCCCAGAAAACGGAAGCUGCUGGCGUCGUGAAGCGGGGGAGGCAUCAGGCGAAGAAGCUCAAGGCAUCAAGCGGCGGUGCUCUGGUGAUCAGGAGGUCCGCGCGGGAAGAGUGGGUUGAAGAGGCCAGCAGCGGACAGGACGACGAUUUCGAAUCGGAGGCGGACACGUUUCAUGGGAGGAAAGGGACCUUGCGUGACGUGUCGAACGCGAGAAUGGUGAGCGGAGAGGAAGACGUCGACGGUGGUAAAGAUGGGGGUCACGGGGUUGCGCGAGGCAAGGAUGAGGCGGCCGGCGAAGUGGGAGGCGGUGUUGCUACCAGGGAGGAGCGUGGCCAGCCAACGACGCCUGCCAUGCGCGGCGCCGUGCCGUCGAAGGACGUGCAGGCCGCCCAGGACGUAGGUAAACACCCGCCAAUGCGGGCGCCUUCAAACCCAGCAACGCCCACGGCGGGACAGGCGAGAAGGGAUGAAGGGGCAGGGGUGAAUGCGGCAGUCAGGGGACAGCUUGUGACGCGCAUUCCCGCAAAGGAAGCCGCAGCGGUGGGAGCCGUCGUUGGUACAUCGACGGCAGGCGCGAGGGGGGGCGGUGGCGACGGUCGUGAUGAUGCUGAUGACGACGAUCCCCUCAUUAACAGGCAGAGGCGAUCCGGAAACAUGGCGGCUCUGGAGGCGAAAGCGAAACUGUGGGUAGACGAUCUGCGUUUCUGGAAUGAGAUGGAGGGGCAUGGGAUGGUCAAGAUCAUCCAGGAGACCCGCCUGCACCUCAUCGCCGUCGCAAAGGGUGUGAAACCGCUGGAGAUCAGAAAAAGCGUUGUCCUCCCAAACGCCACGAUCCCUCAGCAGAAGCUAGAAGACUCGUCGGAGUUGGGGGCCGGGAAGGAGAGGGCUUCGAGGGCGCUAUGGACGACUACGGAGAAAAUGGGGAAGCCACCUGCCGCUGCUGAUGAUGACGACGAUGAUGUCGACGACGAGGACGUUCAUGAUGAUGAUGAUGACGGUGACGACGAUGAUGACGGUGACGACAACGAUGAUGAUGUAGAUGACGUUGAUGAUGAUGCUGACGAUCGUGAUGCUGACGAUCGUGAUGCUGACGAUCGUGAUGAUGAUGGUGACGAUGAUGAUGGUGAUGAUGAUGAUCGUGAUGAUGAUGAUAGUGAUGAUGACGAUGAUGAUGAUGAUGACGUAUUCACGAUUAAAGAGGAUGAUGAUGACGACGAUGAACCGUAGACUGUCUUCUACUUCCUUUGCGUCAAGUCGUUUCCUGUUGUCAAAGCGGUUGCCGAGUACGGGUGAGAGCUCGG